AAGUAUCAGCAAAAUUGAAUUGCUUGAAAAUUGUCACAUCAUUUUGUCAUUCCAUAAUUUCGUACUAAUAUUUUGAGGAAAUACAGAGCAAUAUUUACAUUUUACACUAUAACUACGAUUAUUGUGAAUUUAAUAUUUUCUACUAAAAGUAUUAAGUAGCUACUUGUUUUUUUCGUGUUUGAAAAGACGAAAAUCUAAAAUGGAGCUGUCAGCAGAGGGUAAAACUCCGGAAUAUAUGGCAUUAGCCGGAAUUAAGUUCAAGCUAACACUACCACAGCUUAAGAAUGAUCCUGCAUUAAGUGAACAGUUGCUUCAGGGUAUUAAGGCUGGUCAUAUGGCACCCUAUUAUAAAGAGGUUUGUUCAGAUCUUGGAUGGAACUUCGAUCAGAAGUUGUAUGAUCAAAUGACAAAAGAGAAUGAAGACAGGCUCGCUAAGUUUCAAGAAGAUGAUUCAGAGACACCUGUCUGGCAAGAUCGAUUGGACUAUCUCUGUUCUAUUGGUGACAAGGAAAAUGCAACAGCCUUAGCUACAUCUAAAUAUGAAGACUCAACAUUAACAACCAACAGGAGAUUGGAUGCUAUAUUUGCUUUAUUCAGAAUUGCAUAUUUCCAUGGAUGUAAUGUAAAGGAUAUGGGAAAGGCAAUUAAUAAGGCGCAUGAACUAGUUGACAAAGGUGGGGACUGGCGUUCCAGGAAUAAGCUCAAGGCAUAUGAAGCUAUUUAUUGUUUGGCAGUGAGAGACUACAGUCAUGCUGCUGAUCUGUUCAUUGAUUGUGUUUCAACAUUUGAAUCUUAUGAACUUGUUGAUUUUGGUACCAUUAUUCAGUACUGCGUGUUAGCGUGCGCUCUGGCGCUGGAACGUCAUGCGUUACAAGCGGCGUUGAGGAGGCAAGGUGCCGCAGUACAAGCACUCCGCUCAAGGUUCCCCGAGCUCAGGGAGCUGGUGGAAUCUUUGCAUGAAUGCCGUUAUGCAGACUUCAUGAAGAGUCUUGCAUGGGUGGAAACUCAGAUCUGUGUGGACCCAGUAUUCAGACCCCACUAUCAACACUACGUGCGUGAAGCCCGCAUCAAAGCCUAUGUCCAAUUGCUUCGUGCGUACCGCUCACUCAGUUUGGACAACAUUGCAGACACAUUUGGUGUAACAAGAGAGUUUAUAGAAGAGGAGAUCUCUACUUUCACGGCCGCGGGUCGGCUCCAGUGCCGCAUCGACGCGGUGGCGGGGUGCGUGGUGACGGGCGCGGGGCGCGGCGCGGACGCGGACCGCUCGCAGCUGUACCAGGCGACCAUACGCGAGGGGGACCUGCUGCUCAACCGCGUCAAGAAGCUCGCUAGCGUUAUUAACUUCUAAUUCCUUCUGGCGCCCUGGUAAUGUUUUGUGAUUUGUUCGACUGUACUUUGAAGGAUGUGGCUUCCUUAUUACUUAUCGGAUGUUGGAUUUUUUGAAGCUUCGAUUAUUGUCGAUGGUAAAUGAUUGUUUGACAUCAAAUUUAUAUUUAUCCUGUAUAUUUGUUAUUGAGUACGGAUUAUUCAGAUUGGUGAAAUAUUAACAGAGCAUCUUUUACCAUUAACAAUUGAGUUUGAUAAUUAUGUUUUUCUGGAUCCCUUAUUUCUUUUGGGAUCUUUGUGUUUUAUGGAUUUUUCAGAAUAGUAUCGAAGCUCUCAAUUAAUCUGGAUGAUCUCUCAUUCUUUGAGAUAAAAAAUAAUGUUUAUGCAGUUUGAAUGUAGUCGUGAAAUAUGUACCAUGUUUUUAAAUAGCUACCUAAUAUAGUGUA